AGCAUCAACACCUCAGAUCAUUCCCAUAAGUCUGACAUCGCUCUUGACAUUUGUUGCGAGGCACGCUUUCAAUCCGAGCAUCGACGCUAUCUAGAAAUCGUGGCUUCCCCACCCCGAUCUGUGAAGGAGGUGCAGGCUAAUCUAGCGAUCACCCAUUGACUUCUUUGUUACUAUGUUGCUUACAUAUUGUUGUAGAGAAUCUGAACAUCCGUCUGAUAUGGACAAGAGAAUGCAUUACACUGCUUACGAACUCGACGCUGCUGGAGUUGUUAUCGAAACGCAACACCUUGUCAAGAAGAAAUGAGGGAGGUUGCAGACAGACCAUCGUCACUCUGUACUUUCGAUGUCUCUGUGGCUUUCCUUCUACUUGCUGCAAAUAUUCCGAUGUACACAUUUGUUGUCAUGUGCUACAUCAAGGCGCCCGCACUUUACAGCCUUGACUUUGGAGGAAGUGUUCGUCUCAUACAUGUGAGGUAGGCAUGUGCCGGUUGUGGUCUAUUUCAUUGUUGUCGGAUUUAUCUCGAAUGUCAUCACAUGCAUCGCAUCCAAUUCUCGCUUGAUUGAACGUGCUACACAACGAAAGCUCAUCGCCUCCGCAUAGAUAUGUUUCUAUGACUCCACUUUUUAUUUGUCCUCUAAUUCCAAAACGUCAGCAACUUCAAUUAAUAUCACACUUGUCGUACAUCUUGAUAGAAAAUCACAAUUACAUUUCUUAAUAUACAGUAUACAAGAAUGCGCAAUAAACCCC